AUGGCUAGUAAAAUAUUGUGUUUUAUGCUAUUUACUGUUUGUUGGAUUAACAGUCCUGAAGCCAGUCCACUAUGUUCAAAGAAAAAGCUGGUCAUAGAUCAAGAUGGUGGAGCCGAUGAUGCUUUUGCCAUAACAAUCAGCUUGCUCAAUGAGAAAUAUUUUAAAGGGCCAAAACUGGUCGCCUUGACAACGUCAUUUGGAAAUGUGAAUCUCACCCAAGCAAAUAUAAACAGCGAUCGGAUUCUGCGAGUCAGUGAGAGGCUAGAUAUACCAAUAUACUCAGGUGCUAACAAGGCCUUUAUAGAAGAAAUGGGAUCAGAUCGCUAUUUUGGACUGGAUGGAUUAGGAGACACUGGCUACCAAGCUCCAGAGCCAAUAGAUAUUGAAAAGCAACCAGCCGCUGUUGCACUUAUAGAACUUUCAAAGAAAUAUAAAGAUGAACUAAUAGUAGUAGCUAUCGGUCCAGCUACUAACAUCGCUCUGGCUGUGAAACUGGAUCCCCAAUUCAUCCACCGACUAGCACAUUUAUAUAUUGGCGGUGGUCAUAUCUACAGUGAAAAAUAUCCAAACGCUGAAUUCAAUGCCGCCAUGGACCCUGAGGCAUACCACAUAGUGGCAGACAGUGCUGUAGCUGAUAAAGUCACUAUUGUACCAUUCUCUCAAGUUAUCGAAACGCUUAAAAUUCCUAUUGAAUGGCGUAAAGACGUAUUAGGUGCGAUUGACACACCAAUCAUGCGAGCUCUGAACGUGUAUGAACAAGUAGCUCUUCCCAAAGAGAAAGCUUGGAAUCUUCUGGAUCCAGCCGUUGCAGCUAUAGCUCUUCAUAAUGAAAUCGUCGACGAGAUUAAAAAUUCUAACAACACUAUUAUUUUAGAAGGUGAAAAACGUGGCAUCAUCUCAAACGACUUUUCUUCAUCGGAUCCCAAUGCAAAAGUGUUUUACAAAGGCAACGUUGAAUACUAUCAGAAGUUCAUCUUAGACGUGUAUUCAGCCGAAUUAAAUCCUUAA